GGGUGUGGGAUCACCAGCACUCGCAGUGCCUCCGGUACGGAGGCACCAGUGCACCCAGUACGCGCCCGCCGCGCCGCGGUGCACGCCGGGAGCCGUAGUCCCGCCCGCCGCGCCGCGGUGCACGCCGGGAGCUGUAGUCCCGAGCCCUCCGCCUCGCGGCCCGUCCCUCCCCGGGGCGGACUCCAUUUCCCGGCGUGCCCCGCGACGCGCGGCCCCUCCUGGCCACCGUCCUCUUCCCUCCCUGCCGCCCCGCCCCGCCGGCCCGGGCCCGGGCCGGGCCCCGCCGCCGCCGCCGCCGCCAUGUCGGAGCCGCUCGGCUGGUGCGUGGAGGCGGUGCGGGCGGCGGCUGAGCCGGGGCUGGCCCGGGCCCUGCUGGCGCUGCGGACCCGUCACACCCGCCGCCCGGGAGGAGCCGCUCGGUUCCGAGAGCGGGGCGGGCUGGGGCCGCUGCUGGAGCUGCUGGGCCCUGAGCGGCCCCGCCGCACCCUCGACCUGGCCCUCAGCGUCCUCGGGAACUGCUGCACCGAGCCCGGCUGCCGCCGUCAGGCCCGGCGCCUGGGCGGCGUCCCCCGCCUCGUGGCCCUGCUGUCCUCACCGGGGCCGGAGAGCGUGCAGAACCGGGUGGCCCGCACCCUUGCCAACCUGGCGCUGGAGCCCGAUGGCGCCCGGGACGUCCUUGAUGCCGGUGCUGGACCCCUCCUGGUGUCCCUGGCCGCCUCCUGCGGCACCCCCGAGUGCCUCCACAGCGCCGCCCGUGCCCUCCGCAUCCUGGGGGCUGCCCCAGCCCCCCGCCGGGCCCUGGGCCAAGCCGGGGCCGUCCGAGCCUUGGCCUCCCGCCUGGCCUCCCUCUCCCCGGCUCAUCCCGCCUGCCCGGCCGUCGCCCGAGCCCUGCGGGGUCUCACCGACAGUCCCGGCCCCUCGGCUGAUGACGUGGCUCCCGCUUUGCCCGCCUUGGCCGCCCUGGCCGCUCACGCCAAGCGGGAUCACCGCCAACCCGCCCUGGGAGCCAUCGCCAACGCCUGCGCACGUGCCCCGCUCCGACCUGCCCUGGGGGCCGCCGGGGCGGUGGAGGCAGUGACCGAGGAGGUGAGGAGGGCGUUGGCGUCCCCCAAUGUCGCCGGUGCCACCGUAGCCGUCCGGGCGCUCUGCCUGCUGUGCCGGGAAGCUGUCAACCGGGCGCGGGUGCGGGCAGCUGGCGGGUUGGGGCUGCUCCUGCGGCUCCUGGCCGAGCCCCGCGCCCGGCCGUGGCGUCCCCGCGUCCUCCUGGCUUUGGCUGCCUUCGCCUACGACCAGGAGGCCCUGGCAGCCCUGGAGGCCCGGGGUCUGGUCCCGCUGCUCGCCGACGUACUGCGAGCCCGGGCUGAUGAGGCGGAGGAGGAAGAGGAAGAAGAGGACGAGGAGGAAGACGAAGAGGAGGAGGAUGAAGCUGCCGCGUCAUGUGAUCUUCCCCGGGAGCUGCCUGGUCCGCCUGGGGCUGGGGCAGCUGCCGGGAGCUUGCGGGGACUCAAGUCCUGGCUCCUCUCUGAAGCUGCCUCCCCACCGCCCUCCCCCCCGUCCUCCACCGCCCCCCCCCACUGCCCCUCACCUCCCCGCCGUCGCCUGCCCCCCAUGGGGGCCCUGGCCCUGCCCCGGGGGGUGGGCGAGGGGGACCCUUGGCUCCCUGAAGCCCCCGCUCUCCUACUUUUGGGGCGCCUAGCAGCCGCCGACGAACCCAGCCGAGCCCUGGCCACUGCCCCCGUUGUUUCGGGGCUCCUCCGCUACCUAACGGGGGUCCCUGCCCCGGCCCCCCGGGCUGCCCGGGUGCUGCAGCGCCUGACAGGGCACCCCGCUUUUUUGGGGGCGCUGGUCCGGGCUUACGUCCCUUCCCUGCUCCACUCCUGGCUGGUCCUCGGCCUCGCCCCACCCCAGGCCGAGGAGCUCUCGCGGCCAGGGGGACCAAGGCGUCCAGCCGCCACCCCUCACCCCCGCCAGGCACGUCUCAAGGAGUUGGGUGAGGGACUCCUGCGCAACCUGGUGGCAGCAGCAGCGGCCCCCUUUGGCGUGGGGCUGCUGACCCACAUGCUACGCUGCGGGGCCCCCCCGGCCCGCCUGGCCUGUGCCACCGCCCUGCCCUUGCUCGCCAGGCCGGCGUCCCCGGCACGGGGGCUGCUGUGGGGAGGGGGGGCAGUGGCCCUGCUGCUCUCGGCGGUGGCCCGGGGCCCCGUGUCCCCCUAUGAGCCCCCCCCAGCCUUCGCCCUCUACGCCGCCGAUGCUAUCGCCCUCCUGCGGGGACACGCCGGGGACACGCCGGGGGACGCCGGGGACACGCCGGGGGACGGCGAGGACGCCCUGGGACAUGCCAGUGCUGCGGACCUGCAGGUGCACGGAGAUGGGGACACCAAGGACCCGUGGGGACACGGGGAUGCUGAGGACCUGUGGGGACAGGCAGACAGACAUGGGGACAGAGGUGAUGCCCCUGGGGAGAACGGUGACCUGCAGAGACCUUCAGACCGCCACAAGGACCUGUGGGGACACACAGACACCUUUGGGGACACCGAGGACACCUGGAGGCACAUGGAUGGCCACGCAGCCUCUCCUGCAGAUGGGCACGGUGACGUUGGGGACAUACCACCGUGCACGGAUGGACAUGGGGACCCAUGGGGACACACGGACGGACUUGGGGAUGCUGACGAGUCGUGGGCAUCCACAGGAUCCCCAUAUCCCCUGUCCCCUGUAGCCCUCUACCCCCCACCCCUGCUGUCCCCUGUGUCCCCAUGUCCCCAGGUAUCUCCAGACCCAUUUUCCCUGGGGCCACCCGGUCCCCAGAUGUCCCCAAGGGCUGCUAAACGUCCCCGAGCAUCCUCUUGUCCCCAGCUGUCCCCAAACCCUCCCAACCUCCAUUCAGAAGUGGUCCCAAGACCCCUCAAAUGUCCCCUACUGUCCUCUUCUCCACUGUCCUCAAACCUUCCCAACUCAUGUCCCCAGGUGUCUCGGAGGUCCUGCAACCCAUGCUCCCACCUGUGCCCCUGUCCCCAGGUGUCCCCAACACCCCUCAACCCCUGCCCCCCACCACUCCCAUGUCCCCAGGUGUCCCUAGCGUCCUCCAACCCAUCUCCCCAACCACCCCCCUGUCCCCGAGCCUCCCCAAGCGCCCCCAACCCCUGUCCCCAGGCAUCCCCAAGCUCCUCCAACCCAUCUCCACCACCCUCUCCAGCGCCCCGGGCAUCCCUGACCCCUCCAGCCGCACAUCCCGCUGCGUCCUUGGAGCCAUGUCCCUAUGCCCUGACCCCCCACGACCUCCUCCUCCUCCCCAAUGGCACCCACCCUGGGGUGCCGGUGGCCCGGGCGGCCCUGACCCAGGGGUCCCCUGUCCUUGGAGCCAUGUUGGGAGGGGCCUUCGCCGAGGCCCGCCAGGCAGCGGUGGCCUUGGGCUGUGCCCCCCGCCGCCCUCUCCUCCUCCUCCUCCAUUUUGUCCACGGCUGCCGGGGUCGCCCCAGGGACGGGUGUCCCGUCCUGUCCCCGCCCGUGUCGCCCACCGCUGCCGGCGCUGCCCUUGCCUUGGCCCGCCGUUACCUGGUGGAUGGCUUUGAGGACGUCGUGGCUGCUGCCGUCUCUGCGUCCCCUGGUGCCCUCUGGGCCUUGGCUGAGCGGUGGGGUUGUGCCCCAUUGGCCGCCCGGGCUGCCCAGGCCAUUCUGGGGGGGCCACCCCACAACGUGGCCCCCCGUUUAGUUCGGGUGGCCCGACUAGCCCGAUGUCCCCCUCGCCUGGCCCGGGCUUUGAUGGCUGCUGUGGCGCCCCAGGGGGCCCAGCCCCACCUUGAUAUGGGUGAGCCAUGGGAUGGGGGCGACCCACUGCUGCGACCCCCUGGAGACAUUAAUGGGGACCUUGGGGAUGCCCAGGGGGACCUCGAGGGCCUGGAGGAUGACUUUGGCGUCCCUUACGAGGACCUUGGGGAUACCCAAGGAGACUUCAACAACAUGGCAGACCCUUUUGGUGACCCAUCUAUGGAUGUUGGGGACCCCUUAGGUGAAGACAAUGUGGGUAUGGAGGUCAAGGAGCCUCUCUAGGACCUUGGGGACCCCCAGCAGGAUCUUCGGGACCACUGCAUGGGUGUUGGGGACCCCUUAGGUGAAGACUAUGUGGGUAUGGAGGUCAAGGGACCUCUCUAGGACCUUGGGGACCCCCAGCAGGAUCUUCGGGACCACUGCAUGGGUGUUGGGGACCCCUUAGAUGAAGAUGAGGCGUACAUGGAUGUCAGGGACCUUCCUAAGACCCUGGGGACACCCUUGGGGACCCCUCUGGAUGUUAGGGACCCCUUAGACAAAGAUGACAUGGACAUGGAGGUCAGAGGACUUUCCUAAGACCUUGGGGGCCCUUUUACAGGUCUUGGGCACCCCUUAGAUGAAAAUCAGGAGGAUGUGGCUAUCAGGGGACCUUCAGACCUUAAUGACUCCCUGGAGGACCCCAUUAUGGCUGUUAGGGACACCUCAGACAGAGACUGGGGGGAUAAAGAGGAAAGGAGAGCUCUGAGAUCUUGGGGACACCUUUAGGGACCUUGAGGAGAGGGAGGACACCUACGGGGACCUUAGGGAGGACUUCCUGAAAUUUAAGGGCAUGGUGGACCUUCUUGGGGACCCCCCCCCAUGGGAGUUGGGGACCCCUUAGAUGAGGACAAGCAGGGCAUGGAGGUCAAGGGACCUCAAGAACACCCCUUAAUCAGGGGGUGCACAGGACUGUAGCGACUCUGGGGAGCCGUUAGAUGAAGGAGGUGGUUGUGGAGGUUGAGGGGCCCCUGUGGGGACCUCCUUGGGGUCAUCCUGUAGAUGUUAAGGCCUUUUUUGAUGAUGAAGAUGAGGCAUGGGGGGCGGGGGUCCUUGGGGAUUUCCUCUGCAAGUUGAAGCCCUUUUUUGAUGAUGAAGACAAAGCUGAGGAGAUGGGGAGCCCCCACAUAAGGACUUGUGGACCUAUUUGAGAACCCUGGGGACCUCGUCUAGAUGUUGAGGCUUUGUUUUGAUGAUGUAGAUGAGGUGGAGGAGGAGGAGGUGAGGUGCCCCCAUGGGGACCUCGAGGACCCCCCCAAGUGGCACACAGGGUGGUGGCACAAGGGGAGGAGGUCCAGGUUUGAGGAGGAGGGCACAGUUUCAAGGCACUCCCCAGGUGACAGGGGGACCCCCCCACCAGUUAUGGGGCAUCCCCACAGUGUCAGGGCAGGGCUGCUAUGGGAGGGGUGCCCGGUUUCAGCUCAAUUUCACAGGGUUUUAGGGUUGUGACUGUAGUGGAGGCAACGCACAAUAAAGGACGUGAAGCUGCUCCAGCAUGGUGAGGA